UACCUCUUACAUGCGUAAUUAAAUUGUGUAUAUAAAAAUAUAGAUACGUAUAAAGGUGGUUAAACUAACCUUGUUUAGUUUGGUGCAAUGAUUGUAGAUUAUCCCGGGACAUGUUGAACCAUUGACAGAGCAACAGCUGAUGGGAAUAUGUGGAUUACAGCAAUCUACACAUGAGGCAGAAGAAGCCCUUUCACAAGGGCUUCAAGCUCUGAAUCAAUCUCUCUCCGAUACCCUAAUUUGUGAUCCACUCAACGUUCCCUCAGAUGUGAACAGCUUCAUGAGCACCAUGGCUCUAGCCAUCAACAAGCUCUCCACUCUAGAAGGUUUUGUUCGUCAGGCUGAUCAUCUGAGGCUUCAAACCCUUCAUCGGCUACACCAGCUCCUCACCACUCGUCAAGCUGCACGGUGUUUCCUGGCCAUUGCAGAGUACUUCCAUCGCCUCCGCGCCCUCAGCUCUCUCUGGUUGGCCCGCCUCCGGCAAGAAUGAGAAAAUCCCUUGCCGUAUGAACGUUUUAGUUAAUCUCUAGACCUCCUAAUUAAGAAUAUCAAUAGCUUUCUUUUUUUUUUACUGUUUUAUAGAGAUGUAUAGAGAUCAUAUAACAACUAAAUUAAGACUUUUAUAAAAGUAGAAGUCAUUAAACUUCC